ACCUUCUUCGUGGAUGGCAUGCGCGUCGACGCAGACGGCUACGGCGGCGACGGCUGGUUCUUCGCGUGGCACCUGUGCAUUUUUGGAGCCAACGUCAACAGCUGGUCGACAGCGGACACUGUAGUGAACUGGGUCCGAGAUCAAGCUGACGUCGGAGGAUCUGGGGCGGAGUCUUGGGGUUUAGUCCAAAGCAAGUUCCAGGUGGUCACGCUCCAGGAGACAAGGUUGAAGUCCCCCGACAAGAUCAUCUCGGCCCAGAGUUGGGCCUGCAGGAAUGGGCACCAGGUGUCUCUCGGGAAGGCCCUCAGCACUGGCGACGGGCCCCUGCAGAGCUCUGGAGGAGUCGGUAUCUUGGUUGCUGGGGAGAUCGCUUCGAGGCCCUUGGAUCUUCCAGGUUUGGGCAGGUUCGACGGGAGGAUCGUAGGUCGGGUCAUCAACGCGGGGUUCGACCAGGGCCUUGAGAUCUACAGUGUCUACCUCGUCAACGACAUAGGCGUGACGGGCGAGAAUUUAGAGCUUUUGGAA